AUGAAGCUCUCAAUCGAAAGCAUCGCCACUCUUGCUGCGACCUCGCAGGUAACAGCAUGGUAUGUGACAUUCUACGAUAAUACAGAGCGAUGCGAAGUCGACGGCGAAACAGAAUAUCAGAUUCUCGAAGGUGAACAGUCCGACUGCAACACAUUCGCUGCCAGCAUAGACGGUGUAGACUGCAUCCACUUCGUCGAAGGUGGACGUAACAGAGAGGCUGCAAGGGCUUGUUCAAAGCUCAAUCGGCAAAGCCGAAGCUCAACACAAACUCUUAUUGCACAGUCUAUCCCUAUGCGAAUUGCAGACAGCUAG